AUGGGAAUUACUCCGAUCAUCACAAUCGCAGAUGGUGAUUCCAAAACUUCCACCACCACCUUUGCCACCAACAAUAAUGUCGUUGCCAACGAACAAGACACCAAUAGCUCCACCCAGAGGAACUCGCUCUCAACUUGCAAUUUCUCCAUCCUGAAAACAAAUAUAAUAGAAAUUUCUGAUGAGUUACAGCUUUUUCCGACGAGAGCUUGUGAUUUAGGUUCGCCGUUGACGACGUCUAGGGCUAAAUUUUGGUUGAAUUUAUCGGUGCCGGGGGUUCCAAGAGAAUUGGGAAUUUACAAGGCGCCGCACCAGCCAUCACAGGCUAUGAAGAAGAAGAAUAUCAGUAAUGCUAGAAACAUGGGAAAGAAGGGAAGCUGGUUUUCAGCCCUCAAAAAAGUUUUUACACUCAAAUCAAAGGAGAAGCCAACAAGUGAAUCAAAUAAGAAAAGCAUUAAGGAAAAGAAGAAACUGCGAGGAAUAUUAAAGCAUGGAGAGACGAAAUCAUUCAUUCCCCUGUUCCGGGAGACAAGCAGUAUUGAGCAAAUAUUGGGGGAAGCAGAUCAGCUGCUUAUUAGGCAUACGACUACAUCUUCUGGACAGCCAAUAACUCCAACUUCUGUACCGGGAAGGCCUUCCUCGUCCCGGGUUGCUUCACCUAGAGCUUCUUCACGUAAUUUUCAUUCCCCGAAGGUUGCUUCUCCAAGAGCUACUUCUCCUAGGUUCUCCUCCCUGAGGCCUAUUUCUCCAAUAGUAGUUCCUCCCCGGGCUGUUUCUCCCAAAUCUCUUUCUCCUAAGGUAACUCGAGUACGUGAGGAAAUUAGCUAUGCUUACAGGCCGGAACCAACUCCAGCGAACCAGCACCUUUCUGCAACUAAGAUCCAGGCAGCAUAUAGAGGUUACCUGGAAAGGAGGAGUUUCAGAGCUUUGAGGGUGUUGGUGAGGCUUCAAGGAGUGGUAAGAGGCCAAAACGUGAAGCGACAAACAAUGAAUGCGAUGAAACAAAUGCAACUCUUGGUUAGGGUUCAAACACAAAUUCAAUCACGAAGGAUUCAAAUGCUAGAAAACACAGCACUUAAACGCCAAGCUUACAGGAAUGAUGUUGAGAGUACCCUGAGCAAAUGGUCCCAGAACCAACAGACGGAGGCUGGUCAGAAUGAAGAUUGGGAUGAUAGCUUGCUAACUAAAGAGGAAAUAGAAGCCAGGAUGCGGAAAAAGGUGGAGGCAGUCAUUAAGAGAGAGAGAAGCAUGGCCUAUGCAUAUUCUCACCAGUUAUGGAAAGCAAAUCCCAAAUCGACUCAAACAGCUCUUGAAAUCCGAUCCAGUGGAUCACCCUGGUGGUGGAACUGGUUAGAACGUCAGCUGCCUAUAAUUUCCGAUGGCCAAGUUGCUGCGAAAAAUAUUACUCUAACUCCUCCAAUGCCAAUUUCAGAACACAAGCCAAGCCCACUACUUCAUGCAGGCAACUAUAAGCACAACAAUUUCGGUUUUGACGGUCAUGAAACUCUUACACCAAAGUCAUCAAAAUCUACAAUCCCGGUUAGAACCAAACAAAUGCAUACUCCGACUAGGACACCUCUACCUGCAGCGAACAGCUCAACUCGUAUGAAAUAUUCAAAGCAGAGAUCAAGUGCCGCUAAUUCGCCUUAUGAUGUUCCAUUGAAAGAUGAUGACAGCCUCACGAGUUGCCCUCCGUUCUCUGGUCCAAGUUACAUGGCACAUACUGUCUCAGCUAAAGCCAAAGUGAGGGCCAACAGCAAUCCGAAGGAGAGAAUUCCACGAACUCCAGGUAACGAUUCAAAAAGGGGGUUUUUAUUUCCCUUGACUCCAUAUAUCGGGCCUUUCAAGUGGAAUAAAGGAUCAAACAAAGAUUCUACUUCUCAAAGGACAUUGGAAAAUCACCUGCCUAUGUAUUCUAUAGGAGACUUGAGUGUGGAUUCGACUGUUUCUAUGCCUGCUACAGUUGGGAGAAAGCCAUUUAACAGAUUUGUGUGA